AUGGCAGAAUUUAUAAAGCAUUUGAAUUCCAUAAGUGCGUCUUCUGAAAAACUUGUCGAAACUGAGCCGAAACCGGAAACAAGAUUUACGGAUGCACUGCUUCACGCGAACUCAAUUAUAGAUUUGAUUCGAGACGCUGAGAAAGAAGAGUUGAUUACGACAGAAGCGACAUCUUUGCCAAAAGGGAUUGAGGAAAAAUACAACUCGGAGAGCCCUGCAGACCACGUUGCCUGUAUCGAGGAACUGUUGGAUAUUUGUCCUAUGCAAGGUGGACGAGAAUACUUGGAAGCCUUAGUCGAGAAAUACAACACUCAUAUGACCGCAUUAGAAAACCUGGAGACAGCACUGGUAGAACAAAAAGAAAGAUUACAAUUGUUUGAGCAGAGGCAGAAAGAUCAAGUUUCUGCGAGAGAAAACAUCUUACAGCGCGAAAAUUCUGAAAUACAAAGACUUGAAAACGAAAUUGACAAGGCAAAAUUAGAGCUGGGGAAAAAUUACCCUUAA